AUGAACGGUGCUUUUGGUCCUUCUGCCGGUGGAGCCGCUUUCAAUCCACCUAGGCCAGUAACAAUGAUUUAUCUUUGUGCAGACUGCGGUGCAAAAAACACCAUUCAAGCGAAAGAGGUAAUCCGUUGUCGUGAAUGCGGCCACCGUGUCAUGUACAAAAUGAGAACCAAGAGAAUGGUGCAGUUUGAAGCCCGUUAA